AUGCCUCCCAAGAAGCAAGCCGUCGUCGAGAAGAUCCGUCUGGGUCGUCCCUCGAAUAACCUCAAGAUGGGUAUUGUUGGUUUGCCCAACGUCGGCAAGUCGUCGCUUUUCAACGUCAUUGCCAAGUGCGAUUUGGGCAAAUCCGCCAAUUUCCCCUACGCUACUAUCGAGCCUGAAGAGGCUCGAGUUCCUGUCCCCGAUGACAGGUUCACUUGGUUGGUGCAGCAGUACAAACCCAAGUCUGAGGUUCCUGCCUUUUUGACUUGCAUUGAUAUCGCUGGUUUGACAGCAGGUGCGAGUACAGGUGCCGGUUUGGGUAACGCUUUCUUGAGCAACGUCAGGAGUGUCGAUGGUAUCUUUCAGGUGGUUAGGGCUUUCGAUGAUGCAGAGGUUAUUCACGUCGAGGGUGACGUCAACCCUAUCAGGGAUAUGGAGAUUAUCUCGACCGAGUUGAGGUUGAAGGACAUCGACUGGAUCGAGAAGGCCCUUGACAACUCGAAGAAGAACGCCAGGAGUGCCGGUAACGUCAGCUUGGAAGACAAGAAGAGGAAGGAAGAGGUUGCUAUCAUCGAGAAAAUCUUGAAGUAUGUUCAGGAGGACAACAAGGAUAUUCGAAAGGGCGACUGGAACAACAACGAGGUCGAAGUCAUCAACAACCUUCAAUUGCUCACCGCCAAACCGGUCAUCUACCUCGUCAACCUCUCCGAACGUGACUACGUCCGCAAGAAGAACAAGUGGCUCCCCAAGAUCAAGCAGUGGAUUGACGAGAACAACCCUGGUGAUCUCCUGAUUCCCUUCUCCGUUGCUCUCGAAGAGCGUCUCCUUGCACUUGGCUCUCCUGAAGCAGAGGCAGCAGAACUCGCCACGCUCGGAGACAACAUUACCGGUGCUCUUGGUAAGAUCACCAAGGCUGGUUACGACGGUCUCGAUUUGGUCCGAUACUUUACUGCCGGCCCGGAUGAGGUGCGAGCUUGGACUUUCAGGAAAGGGUUGAAGGCUCCCGAGGCUGCCGGUAUCAUUCAUACCGAUUUCCAGAAGAAGUUUGUCUGCGGUGAGGUCUUCGGCAUCGACGACAUCAAGGAACACGCAAGUGAGACUGGUGUCAAGGCAGCCGGUAAAUACAAGCAGAUCGGGAGGGAAUACAAGGUGCAAGAUGGUGAUAUCUGCUACUGGAAGCACGGUUAA